AUGGCAGAUUACAAUCAACAAGUUCAAUUUGGUCACCAACCACGCCAACUUUCCAUCAUGACGGUGCUAUCUGCAUCAGUGGCAGCUAUAGCCAUAGGAGGACCCAUGUUGGCGAUGAUGGGAUUCAGUUUUUUGGUGUCCACCACGCUUCUUGUGGUGUGUUCACCCCUUUUCUUGCUCUUUAGUCCCUUGCUUGUGGGUGUUGGCCUUGUGUUUGUGGGAACAUUGGUUGGUUUUGCUCUUGCUACGGUUAUGGCUCUCACUGGUCUUUCAAUUUUCGGAUGGCUUACUAGGGAAAUUAGAGUGAGGAUUGGGGGUUUGAGCAAGUUGAGGGAGCAACCCCACAUCAUGAAGAGAAAGAGAGGGGAUUAUUGGACUGAUAAUUUUGCAACAAACACAGCUUAA